CUUGUAUUGUACAGCCAGCCAGUCAAUUGAUCUACUUUGUUUCACUGUCAUUGGCAACAAGGCGAAUCGAGUUCGACCCCGUUGUUGGCCUCUUCCUACAAAUCCUUUGCGCCUCCCUCGCGCUACUCAUCACGCCCAAAAGAUAAAAGGGAGGACUGCGGUAGCUACAUGCGCCGGAUGUGAAACUCCCUUAAAUUUCCCCUGGGCUGCUUGAAUCCCCUCAACUCUCUGCCGAAACACCCGGACGAAGCACAAACAUCCAACAUGGCCAAAUCCGCACGACGAGGCCCUAAGGCCAAGUCCUCCACAACACCCUCCUCGGCCUCAGGGUCAGGCACAUCGACACCGGCAUCGCAAUCAUCGAUGCCUCUUCCCCCCUUCACCAAAGCCCCGACCACCCUCCUACCCCUGCUCACGCCUCUCUCCCCGCACGAGAUCUACCUCCUCCACAUCGACACCACGCCGAUCAGUCUCAAGAAGAAGACCUUCCUGGUACCCGUGCUCAUGAACCUCGCCAUCGUCGCCCUGCUUGCCUACCGUGUCUACUCUGUCCGGCACAUCUACCCGGCGAUGUUCGCCUCGGUGAUCGGCCUCACCAACUCCCUCUCCGUCGACACCUCCGCCCUCAGCUGGGGUGACCUCUCCGGCCUCGUCCUCGGCCGCAUCUUCACCGUCAUGCUCGACUACUUCCUCGUCACCGUGCUCCUUCCCUGGCCGAUCCGGUUCCUCGUCGGCCCCGUCCAGUGGCGCCGCCGCGUCGGGUUCCGCGACCAGGAGAUCAUCAUCCGCCGCAGCCAGGCCAGUCUCACGCAGGGUCUGAAGCGGGACCGCUGGAUCCGGGAGGACGAGGCGACGCGUGACCGCAUCGUCACGGCCGUGACGCCCGAGAAGGUCAGGAAGACCGGGUACCUGCUCGUCGACAAGGACUGGGAUCUCGACUACGACAGCAUGAUCGCCGCUCACGCGAUGGUCGAUGCGCAUCAUGGCCCCACCACGGAGGAGGAGAAGGACCAAGAACAGAAGGAGGCUGUGAAGCUGGACGAGUACCGCACCGCGGUGGUCGUGAACACCGACGCCCACGGCUGGUUGAUUUGGCGCGUCGAGGACGAGAACCCGACCACCGCUUCCAAUAAAGAAUCGUCAUCGUCGUCGUCGUCGACGUCGACGUCCAAGAAAGUCCACAAAGGGAAAGGGAAGCAACAAGACGAACCCAGCGACCCGGUUCGCUCCGCCCAGCGCGACCAGAUCAUCGAGUUCCAGCAGAAGUUGACCGCCAUGGGCAAGGAGGACUUAUUCUAUCGCUGGAUCGAGCUCAUCCAGUACGAGAGCACGCAACCUGGCGGCUUCACGCCCGAAAGGCAGGUGUCGGCCAUGAAGCAGGUGAAGCAGCUCUUUGAGGAGAAUGAUGUGGAUUUUGACAAGUUCUGGGAGGACGUCGGCGGGAUGGAGGAGGAAUUCACCGAACAGUUGGAUUAGUUAUUAGUCAGGCUUGGACUAGGUCCUCUGUGACAUUUUCUCGUUGUAAUAUAGACUACUUGGUAAUCACUGUUGCUCUUGAGGGAGAAGGUCCCUGGGGGGGGAAAAGGAAAGCCUCGAGACAUCAGCAGCAUACUUGGGGCAUGGCCAGGCGUGGGCAAAGGCCUACAGGACAUUAUCCGUUUUCAAGCGAAUCAUUCUCUCUAUCUGGGCAUAAUCCGACUCGGACUCCAAGCCAAAAGUACAAACGAGGCGCAUAUAUGUCUAGGUCGCGCCGGCUAAUCAUGACACACAAUAAUAGCUCAGAGGAAAAG